CACUUCUUUCAUAUGGAUGCGAGUAAAAGGAAAAUAAACAUGGGUGGCGUGAAAAGGAAAUCUGCUCGGGAAUUGAAAUGGCAAAAUUUCUAUGCAAAAAGCUCUUCAGCUGGAAAGAAAACCUUGCCGGAGCCCACUACAUUGAAAAAUAUAAUUGUUAUGCUUGUCAUGCAUGUUUGUCGAAAAAUCGUUCUUUUUGAGACUGAAAUCAAGAUCACUAUUUACCUUGCAGCAUUGGUGUGUGGAUCGUUGAUUGGAGAUUUUGCACCCUUACCUCGAUCUUAUUUCUCUAGAAAAACCAAUUUAUUUAAUUAUUAUUUUGUUAAAUGGGGUUGGGCCUGGACUCUAUUAACAGUUUCAGCGUUUUUGGGUUUAACAUCGUACGUAUAUUGCUGUGGAAAUACAGACAGAAUUAAAAAACACUUCUACCGUCUUUUGAUAGGAACUGGCGUGUGGUUCUGUUUUACGAAAGCUUUCAUUCUGAUAGAAGCUUAUACUAUGGGUUGUUUAUCUCCCAAAUAUACUACCAAAGCCAGUUGUUUACAAGGCGGGUCAGUUUGGAAAGGUUUUGAUAUAUCAGGGCAUGCAUUUUUAUUAAUAUAUUGCAGCUUACUUAUCGCAGAAGAAGCCAAAGCUAUCCGUGGAUGGGAAAGAAUAGGUGAUUUAAUACGUAAUGAAGAAUUUGAUGAAGAAAGCCCUCUCAAGCCGUUAACAGAAAAAGAGCUUGAACACUUGAAAGAUAAUUAUAGUAAAUUAACUCCUUACAUCAGGAGUGCAUUUAUUACUCUCACUCUGUUUGCUAUAUUGUGGGAUGUAAUGCUUGUUGCAACAAUAUUGUAUUUUCAUUCUAUGGUACAAAAAGUUGUAGGAGGUGGAGUAGCAAUAUUAGUAUGGUAUUUCACAUACAAAUGGUGGUAUAAACAACCAGGUGGUAUGUCUCCAGGUCUUCCUGGACAAGGAUGCUUCAAAUACUGUGAACAGAUAUCUUCAUCUAAAAAAUCGUGUGUUCAUGGAUUUUUUCAAUAGAUAUUUAAUAUACUCCAUUGUAAAAAAUCAUAUCUUAAUUUUAAGUACAAUUUUUCCUAUUGCAGAAAUGAACAUGUUCUAUAACCUAAAGGUUUUUAUAUUAUUUACUUACAUGACCUUAAUGGCAUGUUCUAACAAUUUAUUUAAAUAUUGUAAAUAUACAAUUUAUUAUAUAAUAAAUAGAAUGAUUACUUAUAUUUGAUCUGAAUCUAAUAUAUAAUUAUUGUUGUUGUUACUUUUCUUAUUCUCUAAGCAUCUUUUUUUCUUUUAGGUUGUGAGUUUUGGUAACUUUUCUUUCUGAGAUUUUAAGAUUCUCUAUCCCAUUUCGGAAAUACCCAAAAUAUUUAAAAUUCUAAUAGUUUUAUUAUUAUUUCUGUAAUGGGACUAAAAUUAUCACCAACUCUUGCCAUUGCUUUAUUAAUGUCGGUAUUUCUUGUUCAUUUUUUAAAAUUUUAUCUGGAGCACUUUUAUUAGAAUUAUGCCUACAUUUUUUUUAAAUUCCCAAGUAUGCAUAUAAAGAGAAAAAAUAAUCUUUUUAUUCUUAGUAAACAAAAAGAAUUAAAAAUAAGUAUUUUUAUCACUGAAAUGUAAAUAUUUCUAAUCAUAGUGAUUUUCUCAAUAAUAUCUACUUUGAAAUGUUAAUAAUUCAAACUAAUAUAAUUGUUUUAAUGUUUUUUUAAUCAGAAGUCCACAUUUAUGACUUACCAGAAGUCAAGAAUCCAUAGUUUAAGACUUGCUCUAGUAUUUAAAUUGAUCUCGUUUUUCUAUGUAUGAAGGCUAGGGUUGUAUUAGAUAAUGUGAUAUUUUUUUUGUACAAGGCUUGUCAGAUUUUAUUCAAUGAUUAAUAAGGUUUAAUUAUUAUUAUUUUUAAAAAUUUUGAUACAAGAAAACUUUUAAGUUUGAAAAAUAUUCUUUUUUCCUUGAGAAAUUAGGAAAUGUAUCAUAUAUAUAUAUUAAUAUUUCUGAUCCUCAAUUUAAAAUGACUUUGAAGCCCAAUUAUUCUUAAUGAGUUAAAAAGUAAUAAAUUGUAAAGACCUGUUAAAUUUGAAACUUGGUCUGACAAUAAGUAACAAACAGUAAGUUCAAAUAAACUAGUAACUUUGGAGUUUGUUAUUUGAGAUUUUAUCCUAAAAAGUUGAAAUGUCAAGUUAAAAUGUCAUUUUUUAACAUAAAAUUAUUAAAUUUACAUUAUAGUUUAAAUGAGAAAAGCUGGUUUUAAAAUGCUUAGAUGAUAUUUUUUGUUACAAAAUAGUUAAAUUACUCUUAGUUAAAUUUAAAAAAAUAGCAGUUUCAAAUUUAUAGAUAAAAUUUUUUUUUGUUAUUUAUAUUAUAAUACAGUAGCCUUUUAAUUUAAGAAAUUACAAAACCCAUUUGGUAUCUGUUUUACAAAUUAUAUGAAAGGUAGAAUUCUGUUUAUUGUUUGUCACUGCAAUUCCUUGCUUAAUUUCGUUAACUAGUGAGUUAAAAAAUGAGAGAGAGAGAGAGCAAUAAUUUCAGAUUGUAAAAUGUGUUGAAGAUGCUUUGAUGUAUCAUUGAAUAGAGUGAUGAUAAAACAAAAUAUAUCAUUCAUUCUGUAAAGAGAGAUUCAUAUUUUGCUUUAUCAUUCAAAACUGUAAGGGGUGAAAGUGGGUCUCCAUAUUAAAAGUAUCUUCAAGACAAAAAAAAAAAAGUGCUGAUGAUUUGUAAAUCAGGAAAUUUCUCUAUUGAAUUAGAUAAUACCGGUGAGGCUUUAAGAACUUCCUUUUACUAAUUACUUCCUUUUGCUAAUACUUUAUAACAUAAAACAUCAAUAUACCUGUGUGAUGAAAUAUAUCUGAAUUAUUCUUUUUACUUUUUUUGUUAUUUCAUCUAGAGAAGUAAUUAGUGUUUUUUUUUUGUUGUUUUGUGUGAAUUGAUGUUCAGCUGUUUAUAUUAAUAUUUAUUUUCUAUAUCAUUUCUAUAUAAGUAACUAUUUUAAUAUGACAUGCAGUUUGAAAUAUCAUUAAAAUAAAUGACUGUGUUUUAACAAAAAUAAUUUGAUAAAAUCAAUUAUUCUCUUAGUAUAAUUAUAAAUAUUUAAAAAAAUAUAACUAAAAUUUGAUCAUUAUUAAUUCAAUGAAAUUGAUUCUCUAUAUCUAUUUGGUACUUUUAACUUCUUAUUAGACCUGUUAUGUUCCUAUUAAGACAAGAGGAAACAGGCAUGUCCAUAUGAGAUUUGUCUGCUACUUAUGAUGGACAUGGAUGGUCAAUUAUAGUGAGAAUUACAUUAGAUGCAAUUCUCUGUAUUUGUAUGUCUUUAUUUAUUUAUUUAUGACAUGUGAUUUUUAUAAAAUCUUUAGAUCAUUAUAGUUUUUGUAAAUAUUUUUUAUAACAAGUAUUGAGACUUCCUGAGAUGCAUUAUGAAGUCAUACAAUCUUUUUAUAAAUGGCUGCUAAGGCUUUGGCAAUGAAAAUUGUAUUAGAUGGUGCUAAAGUAAGAAUGUUUAGGCCUUCUUCACUUUAUUUCAUUUGAUGCAUUAUUGUUUAUAGAAUAUUAAUAUAUAUAUUCAUAAUUUAAACAAUAUGUAAAAAGAAAAAUUUAAGCACAUCUGUGUCAUGUAAAUAUAAAUACACUUAAUUUAUUAAAAAGUUCUUUUCAAUAGAAAAUAUCUUUCUAUAUUAUGUUUGCUGUGUAUUUGUAAUUUUCUACUGCUGUGAUUUUUGGUUUCUAGAUUUUUUUCCUAUUCUAAAUAUAUGCGUGGUAAUAAAACUCUCUGAACAUCUGAUAAAGCAGCAUUGCUGAAAUGUUAUUAAUUCAUUUACAACUGUUUUCUUUUAUUCUUUUUUUAAUGAGGAUUUAGGUUAGUAUAUAUUAUGUUUGUUGAGUGAAAAUGAAUCUUUUUGAUAGUAUUAUAUGAUUUAGAAUAGUACUUAAUGAACUUUUCAUUGCAAUAUAAUGCAGUGUAUUAAAAUAUCUUGAUAUUUUCAUUUAAUCUUAAAUCAUUAUUACAUGUAAAUGAAACUAGUUAAUAAUUUUUUAUUUUCUAUCUACACAUGUACUCUUUUUAAUUCAUUCACAGUUUAAUUUAUUGGCUCUGUUUACUGAAUGUCUUUGAAACUCAAUAUAUAUAUUAUAAAGUACUACAUGUUUUAUUAAAAUAACUUACAAUAAUUGAAAAUCAAGACUGUUAACCAAGUAUUUUUUGAAAUAUUAUUAUUUCUUCCUAUACGAAUAAUUUUUUAGUUUCUUAAAAUCCCCAAACAGUAUCGUGUAUUAUUAUUAUUAUGCUAUACAUUCUGUUUGAACAUCUUACAACUGAAUUCAGUGGCUUCAUUGUUUAAGUAAAUAAAACCACAGACAUUUUUAUCAUAGCUAUACUUGUAUUACCUUUUUAGAAAUCUUAAUAUGCAUGCAAUAUUUGUUGUUUUAUAAAUAUUUUAUGCUUUGAUUAAAGGUCUGUUAUUAAUAA